AUGGAAUGUCUUAUCGGAAUAGUAGGCAAAGAUUUUGCAUUGACAGCGACUGAUGCUUCAUCUUUACGCUCAAUUACUGUUUUGAAAUCUAAUGAAGAUAAAACUCGUGAUCUUAAUAAGCAUGUCACCAUGGCAUAUUCUGGUGAACCAGGAGAUACAAUCAACUUUGCAGAAUACAUUCAAAGGAAUGUUCGUUUUUACGGGAUCAAGAAUGGGAUUGAGUUGACACCAAAAGCUGCAGCUAAUUUUACCAGAAGAGAAUUAGCUACUAGUAUAAGAAGUAGAAAACCAUAUGCUGUUAAUCUUUUAAUAGCAGGUUUUGAUAUAACCUCAUCAAAACCAGAUCUUUAUUGGAUAGAUUAUUUUGGUACUUCUACAAGUGUACCAUUUGCAGCUCAUGGAUAUGGAUCAUAUUAUUGUCUAUCCAUCUUGGAUAGAUAUCAUCAUUCAGAAUUGACACUUGAGGAAGCAAAAUUGUUGAUUAAGAAAUGUAUAGAUGAAUUGAAAACUAGAUUUAUCGUUAAUCUUGGCAAUUUCAAGAUAAAGUAG